AUGAACGCAGACCUGAAAAGGGUUCGCGAUAAUGCCAUUGAUGAUACUCCUUCUCCGUCUGCCAAAAGGCGUGUGCUAGGUCACGCGAGUCCUCCCAUCGCUGAUUCGGAAAGUGAUGGGGUGGAAGACUGGAUGAAAGUCGUUGAAACAAAGCGGAAGGAAGCGAUAUAUCGUCAAAUGCUUGAAUAUCGUCGAGCAUCCGAGCGAGAGUCAAAACGAGCCAACGAGGUCGAAGCUCAACGACGAGUGCUGGAAGCUAGCUUUCACGCAGUUGAAUUAUGCUGGAACCAGGUCGUUGCUGCUAUUCGAGAUCUGGGUGGCAAGCAAGAGGUCGGUUUGAAGGAGGAAGAAGUUUUAGAGCCGCUUCUUGACCCUCUAUCUGUCCGACCCGAACUAGAAAAAGCCAUUCAGAGUCGACUACCUCACACCCAACAACUUGUUCGUCGAUUCAUAGAUUUAGCUCACAAGAACGGACAUCGACCUUCUUCAUCGGAUGAUAUACAAAGCCGAUGUUUGAAACUUGAAGCUGAAUCAACUUCGUUACGGUCAAAUACUAAAAUGUUACAAACUCAAAUAUCAUCUCUCACGGAAUCAAGGGAUAGUGCUCAACGGGAAUUAUCAAGAGCACAAAAGUCAUUAGAUCGUCAACGCAUGGAAUACGACAAAAUUGUUCAAGAAUAUAAAGACGAGUCUUCACGUCAAAGAACGAAUACUCCUGGACCUAGUAAACCUAAUGGAUCAGGUCACGCGACCCCCAAUGGUAAAAUCGAAGAAGACGUAAAACCGUCAACAAUUGUCGGAAACGGUGCUGGUCCAUCUGCAUCGGGUGCUUUACAAGAUACCGCUGAACUGGAACAAUUAGCAGAUUCUAGAUUGAACCAAUUGCAAUCGUUGAGAAGUGAACAAGCUCAACUCCAACAAGAAGUAGAUCGAUUGAAAAUACUGGCACAUCAUCCAUCUGAAACAGCACUUCGAGAAUCACCUUUCUUUCAAGUUUACCUCAAUCAACUCUCAACCCAUAUCAAUCGAGCAACUGCCGUUCAAAAUCGAUUCGAAGCCAGCGAGAAGAAACUCGAUGUUCUUCGAGAUAGUAAUCAGGAAUUCCGAGAUGCUGUUCUUGCCGAAGCAAAAGCUGAAUCAGAUGCUUUACGUGCACAAAUCGCUAAGCGGGAUACUGAUCUAGCGAGGCUGAGAGGUCAAAGAGAUGAGAUGAAUGCUGAAUUGAUGGAAAGAAAAGCAAAAGAGACGGAUAAAUUAAAAUAUGCUGAACAAUAUGAAAAUCUGUCUAAAACUCGUCAAGAAAGAAUAAUAUUCCUCAAUUCAGAAGUUGGAAGAUUAAAAGGUCGACUUGCCGCAAAUCAUGGAGCGGAGAAAUACCUUGAAUUCAUCAAAGAAGGUGAUAUAGACGCAGACUACAUCAAGUCAUUAGAGGAGAAAGUCAUUUUAGCUACGGAUCAAAUAACUGCUUUGAACACUCAACUUCAACGAAUAUCAGAUCCUUCUUCGGCUGAGGAGGAAUCACGCAUCGGAAUCGAAUUGGAGGGGGCUAAAAGAGCUUUGGCGAGGUAUGAAAGAGUCCUUGGACCUAAUCCCGAAGCCAGUGAAGAUGUUAGACAAUUGGCUGAACAACUGGAUGAAAGGGAAAAGGAAAGGAAAGGUCUGGAAUUGAAACUAUCUGAAGCUGAAAUUGCUACCAAUGCGUUGUAUACUGAAGUCGAAGGCUUAUCCAAAUUAUGGGAAACACUCGAUCAGACGGUUCACAGUAAAGUCUUCGAAUUGAAAGAUGGAGAAUUGAGGAUAUCCCGUCUAAACACUGAAAAAGCCAAAGCGGACAACAAAUAUUUCUCGGCUAUGCGAGCUAAAGAAGCAGUGGAAGCAGAAUGGAAGCUCGCUCAGAGGACAGUGGAAAAACAAUUGAAAUUGCUUGAAAGGGCUCAGGAAGUUGAACAAAAUUUAAAAAUUCAAAUAGCUGCCAACGAAAAAGGUUUGACUUCAUUGAAGAAUUCUGCAUUGGAAUUGCAGACUCAAUUAGCAUCUACAACAGCUGAGAAGUCUCAACUUGAGUUGAGAUUGCAACAAUCCCAAGCUGCAUUAGCUGAGGCUCAACAAAUCAUGCAUCAAAGGGUAUCAGAAGCUACAUCUGAAAAAGAACAAAGAGCUAAACUUCAAGAUGAAGUUGAGACUUCUUCAAAGACGAUCAAGAAACUCAAAGAACGUCAAGAAGCUAUCUCUACUGCUGAAAGAGAGAAAGAUAUGUCUGCAGGUGAAUGGCAAAUGAAAGAAGAGAGGGACAAAUUAUUGAAACUCCUUCGAUGUUCAUGCUGUGAACAGAACUUCAAACAGCAGGUUAUUGUCAAAUGUAUGCACACAUUUUGCAAAUCAUGUCUUGAAGCUAGAAUAGCGUCUAGACAAAGAAAAUGUCCAGCGUGUGGAUUAGCUUUCGCCAAAGAGGAUAUACAAACUUUAUACUGGCAAUAA